UUCCUCCUCUACACCUCCAUCUCCUCGUUCGAAUAACGCAAUAAUGCCUGCACAAUCGUCAACAGAACAAAAUUUUCGAAGUAAUCUCUCUCAGUUUGCAUGGGCCAGAGGCGCAACGGAUGAUUCCCAAAACAACCAAUCGCAACCGAGCGGAAAUGCCUUUUCCCGGUUUUACAACGCAGUAGCCGGAGAUUACAUCCCACUUCGGUCGAAUGAGCGGUCGAAUGAAGAGGAGGCUUGGUUUGCGCUGUCGAGAUGGGAGAGGUAGUGUGCAUUUGGGAACUUGUCUGGAACGGGACUUAUUAUCGACACUGUUACCCAGGCUACUGGGAUUCGGUGCUUGCCUCAUAGGUGCUACGGUGUGCUUCUUUGUCGCGUUCUUAACCAUGUUGAGACCUUCGAAAUUUGCUUUGGCCUUCAGUCUUGGAAGUCUCCUGGUCAUGAUUGGAUUCUCAGUGCUCAUAGGACCCAUAAAUCAUCUCAAACAUCUCGUGUCAAAAGAGCGACUGCCAUUCACGUUCGUCUACUUCGGAAGCCUUGGCCUCACUCUCUACUUCUCUCUUGGACUUCAUUCUUUCUUUGGAUCAUUAAUCGGUGCAAUCGUGCAAGUCAUUGCCCUCGUUGCCUACGUGCUAGCCUAUUUCCCGGGCGGAACGCAAACAUUGCGUAUGGGAGGAUCUCUGGCCUUGCGUGGUGCCGGAAGCUUGCUACCGAGAUAGUAAAUUGAACAUUUUACCUCGAAACCAAGGGGUUCGGCGCACAUCAAACCUAUAUUAUAUAUCCUUGCAGAUUUGGAUGAUGUACAACAUACGUAUCAUAUACAU